AUGACCACUCGUCGAGUUCUGCUUCUCGAUGGAAUUUCUGUCUGCUUACUGGCCCUCUCUCUAGGGUCAGGGUCAGCAAACAUCUUCCUGUGUAAUGAUGGGAAUGUUUGGAAUAAGCAAGCAUGCGACAAAGUUCUUCGGCUGAGAGGAGGAGUGAUGUGGGUUGGCGGAGGAAAGACUUUCAACAGGACUCACGACCCAUCGGCAAGUCCGGAAGACGUCGAAGACACGUUUGCUCCUCUGAGAUCGAGGUCCGAGAGCGCGAAUCGUAUCAAGCAGCUGGUGCAGAAGUAUGGAUCAAAAUAUCGAACGAAUGAGAUUGUCAGUCUUGAAGAAGAAGCAAAAUAUCUGAUCCGAGCACAAAAGCUUCUGCGAGUGCAGUCGCUUUCUGUGGAGUUCAGUGCUGCGAGCCAGUUUCAGAGUUAUGUGGUUGGAGAUCUGUCUUUCAAGAGUCACAGGGUUGGAUACAUGUUUGGGCAUGUCGACAAGAACAGGAACGUGUUCUGCGAUGUCAUCUAUGAGCCUCCACAGCGAGGAGACGAGGAAGCUUACAACCUGACGGAGGUGGAUCCCGAUGAAGAAAAAGUUGAGCGUCUUGCGUCAUUGCUGGGGAUGCGGAUGGACGUCAUGCUGGCAUGCUCGCUACAACACAAGAUGGAGAAGAAACAUGGAUACGACUUUGCGAGCUCCAUGGUGUCGGCGGUGAUCACUCGAAAUGAGACAACGGACUCUAUCGUCUUCGAAGCAUAUCAGAUCAGCGAUCUCUGUCUAGACAUGUACCGCAGGGACAUCUUGGUCCCUCCCAACAACCCCAACAGAGGAUACACAAGAACUGUCCAAGAUGUGCUUGUAGAGCGGAAAGACACACAGAAGGUCGACAACGACUUCUUUAUCAACACCGUUCCAAUCAAGACGCACAAUUCUGAGAUUUGGGGAAACCGUGAAGCUUUCUUCCCUGUCAAGAACCGACCGGGACAAGAUCAGAACAGGAUGGAAGUGAAACACAUCCUGCUGUCCCACGAGGAGGUGCCCUUCUGCAUCAGAAUGCGCGACUUUCACAUGCUCCUCUACCUGUCGAACAUGUUGGAUCCUCUUACAGACCUUCCUAUCAUCUGCAAGUCGGUCAGGGAGGACGUUGAGCUGCAGCAAGGACAUAUCGAGCUAGUCAAAUCCAUUGCCUACAUGAAGUGA